UCUUAUUUGUAUAUAUGUAGGGGUGUAAAAGAUUGGAACCGCAUCACAGUUUCUGUACAUCUCUUGUUACACUUCCAAAUUUCUACAAGAAAACAAGAGAGACAUGGGGAAACCAACAAUCAUUAUUCAGCUGAUAAUAUUGUCAGUGCUACUAAUGUUGACGGCCAUGCCUGUAGUUCAUGCUCUUGACAAAAGCCCAAAAGCAGUUGGACGAUGGUUUAAAAAGCUUUCUAAUGCAAAGCAGAAGACGACCAAGCUUCAUUUCUACUUUCACGACUUAGCUACUGGUGGAAAGAACGAAAAAUCUUCAGUAAUUGCUCAAGCCACCAACAUCACGUCUAAGUCACCGUUCUUGUUUGGCAUACUCAGAAUGAUAGAUGAUCCAUUGACCGUAGGACCAGAGCUGAGUUCCAAAAGAGUGGGUUCAGCUCAAGGAAUAUAUGGUUCAGCAGCAAUAAAUGAAUUUGGGCUGCUUAUGAACUUCAAUUUUGUGUUCACAGAUGGACCUUACAAUUGUAGCACUCUGAGUUUGCUCGGUAGAAACGCUAUAUCAAAUGAAUACAGGGAGAUGCCAAUAGUUGGUGGUUCUGGAGUUUUCAGGCUAGCUCGGGACAUUGCCACUGCCAAGACCUAUUUUGCUAACUUUACUGUCGCUAUUGUUGAGUAUCAUGUCAUUGUACUUCAUUAUUAACCCCUGUGGCUUUCUUGAUUUUUUUUUUCUUUUCGAUAAAAUUAGCACGAUUUGUUCUCAAGAAUAAUUUUUCCAUAUAACAAGAGAUCUUGUUCAAUUA